AUGUACCCCGCGGGCCCCCCGUCCGCCCCAGCUCCGCGCCGCGGCCGCCACCCCCCGCCCGGGUGCCCCACGCAGCCGCCGCGGCUUCCCGCGCCCACCCCGGCCCCAGCCGCGCGCGCGUCGCCUCCGGCGCCCGGGCCGCGGCCCCGCGUGGCCGUGAAGAUGGCCUUCCGCAAGGCCUACUCCAUUAAGGACAAGCUGCAGGCCAUCGAGCGCGUCAAGGGCGGCGAGCGGCAGGCCAGCGUGUGCCGCGACUUCGGGGUGCCGGGCGGCACGCUGCGCGGCUGGCUCAAGGACGAGCCGAAGCUGCGCUGGUUCCUGGAGCAGCUGGGCGGCGAGGUGGGCACGCAGCGCAAGAAGAUGCGGCUGGCCAACGAGGAGGAGAUCGACCGCGCCGUCUACUCGUGGUUCCUGGCGCUGCGGCAGCACGGCGUGCCGCUGUCGGGGCCGCUCAUCCAGGCGCAGGCCGAGGCCUUCGCGCGCCAGAUCUACGGCCCCGAGUGCACCUUCAAGGCCAGCCACGGCUGGUUCUGGCGCUGGCAGAAGCGCCACGGCAUCUCCAGCCAGCGCAUCUACGGCGAGGCCGAGCCCCUGGCCGCGGGCCCCGCGCCCGGCCCGCCCGUCAAGCAGGAGCCCGCGCAGCCCCCGGGCUCCGGCGCAGGGCCCCUGCCAGACCGGGCCCCAGCCCCGCCGCCCCCCGCGGAGGGCGGCUACGGCGACGAGCAGAUCUACAACGCGAACGUCACUGGCCUCUACUGGAAGCUGCUUCCGGAGCAGGCCGCGCCCCUGGGCGCGGGGGACCCCGGCGCCGGGGCCUGCGGCCGGCGCUGGCGGGGUGACCGGGUGACCGUGCUGCUGGCCGCCAACCUGACCGGCAGCCACAAGCUGAAGCCGCUGGUCAUCGGGCAGCUGCCGGACCCUCCUAGCCUGCGCCACCACAACCAGGACAAGUUCCCCGCCUCCUACCGCUACAGCCCAGACGCCUGGCUCAGCCGUCCACUGCUGAGGGGCUGGUUCUUCGAGGAGUUCGUCCCCGGCGUGAGGCGGUACCUGCGCCGCAGCUGCCUGCAGCAGAAGGCUGUGCUGCUGGUGGCCCACCCGCCCUGCCCCAGCCCAGCAGCCAGGAUGCCCGCCCUGGAGGACAGCGAGGACACCCUCCGGCGGUGUCGGCCUGAGCCCCUCAGUCCCCCAGAGGAGCUCCAGACCCCGGACGGGGCUGUGCGCGUGCUCUUCCUGUCCAAGGGCAGCAGCCGGGCGCACAUCCCGGCGCCGCUGGAGCAGGGCGUUGUAGCCGCCUUCAAGCAGCUGUACAAGCGGGAGCUGCUGAGGCUGGCCGUGUCCUGUGCGGGGGGCUCACCGCUGGACUUCAUGCACAGCUUCAUGCUCAAGGACAUGCUCUACCUGGCCGGCCUGUCCUGGGACCUGGUGCAGGCAGGCAGCAUUGAGCGGUGCUGGCUGCUGGGCUUACGGGCGGCCUUCGAGCCCCGGCCCCCCGAGGAGUGUGCCGGGCAGCCGGCCUGCCAGGCCGAGGAGGCCGCCGAGCACAGCCGGGUGCUCAGCGACCUCACGCACCUUGCAGCCCUGGCCUACAAGCGCCUGGCGCCAGAGGAGGUGGCCAAGUGGCUGCACCUGGACGAUGACGGGGGGCUGCCCGACAGCUGCAGAGAGGACGCAGGCCCUGGCCGGCCCCCUGUGCUGGUCCCUGCUGCCCCUCCCACCCUGGCCAGCCUACCCUCUGUCAUGGGGGGUGGGGAGGAGGAGGAGGAGGCUGCCGUGCCCACAGCUGGGGAGGCUGUCCGGGGUCUGGAGACAGCUCUGCGGUGGCUGGAGAAUCAGGACCCCCAGGAGGUGGGGCCCCCCAAGCUGGUGCAGCUGCGCUCCCUGAUCAGCAUGGCCCGGAGGCUGGGGGGCAUCGGUCCCUCUCCUGCAGUCCCCGAGGACGGGGUGUGACUGAGUCAGCCUGAGUGGCCCCCACGGUGGCUGUUCUCCUGCUGCACUUGGAGGGAGGGGACACACACAGUCUUCCAUUUCCUCUCCUUCCCUCCUCUGGGAUGGCCCACCCCAUGGCUCAGGGGGCUCCAGGGAUCCCAGCCCCAGGCUGGCUUGGAGGAGCUCUGUGAGGCUCUGCUCCACCAGUCCACCAUCUUCCUGAGGGGGGGCUAAAAGAGGGGCCCCGGGCUCCUACAUCUCCUCCCUGGGCAAGCACUCUCGUGGGGUCUGUGGUUUUAGCCGGGGUCCCUGGGCACACACACG